AUGGAGAUAGUGACCUCCGCCGACACCUUCCGCAGCGUCGUCGACCUGCUUCUGUUCCAUUCCCUUGAUCGCCAGGUCUACAGCCGCCUCGUCCGGGGGCUCCAGCAGGACCCACAGAACGUCAAGCGUGCAAUGGGCCUCUGGUUGUGGCUCGAGUCCAUUGGCCAUAACGACUUCGUUCGUCACGUCAACUCCUACAGAGACGGCCUCCUCAUCGGCUUCCUUAGGGAGGCGGAGAUGUGCAUCAGCGCCGUAAUGGGGUGGCUCCCUCCCGGUUGUGAUCUCAGUAUUCCGCUCACAGCGUGGCUCAUCGACGAGCCCAUCGACGUUGGGUUCUUCCUCUUUAACAAGCAGAUCGUCUUCAACGGAGUCUCCCGGAUCUACGCCAGGGUCUGUGACGUGAUCUUUAACGACAGCCUGAUGCUGGUCAUCUCCCAGGAUGGGAGCGACCUGCACCACGGCGGGGUGGUGAAAGGAGGCUGCGUGAUCCAGCCCUCUGAGGAGUGGAUGAGCCGGCAUGGCGCUACCCUGGGGCCAGUGGCUGCCGGCGUCGUUGGGAAGUGGGGGAUGGUGGCGUUCACUGACCCGGAGGCGGCGACGGUUUUUGCGCGCUCGUUCAGGAAGGAUGAUUGCCCUUUCGACUGUGAGGCCACAGGGCCUCCCACUCUGGAGAGGCGAUCCAUAUUCAUAUCUUUCUCCAGGGGCCUCCCCAUCAGCGAGCGAGAAAUUGUGGCCUUCUUCCAUUCGUGAGUUCAGCUUCUUCUUGUUCUUCUUCUCGUUCUUGUUCUUGUUCUUCUUCCUGACGAAAUAUGACAGGAGAUACGGGCAUUGCCUCGAGAACGUGAUGAUCGAGCAGAUGCAGGGGGAGGUUCUGCCCAUGUACGGGAGGAUUGUUUUCAUCAACCCGCGGAAGAUGGCCUCGGUAAUGAACGGGAGGCGCAGCGCUAGGUUCGAGAUCAAUGGGAAUUACCUCUGGGCUCGCAUGUACGAGCCCUCCCACCGCUAG